AUUCCAGACCAGUCCAGUCUUUCUUUCCACAACCCAAAGGGAAGAUUAAAAUUCUGAAGGGAAGAUUAAAAUUCUGCUAUGGCUACUGCUAGUGUGCAGCAGCUUCCAAUGCCUGUUCAUGGCAAUUUCCAUAGAAUCAAUUCUUUUGAUUUUGGUACUUCGAGAUUAGCAAAUUCAUACUCAAAAGCUACUCUUCAGAUAUUAUUUCAGAAAAAUCGGUGUCGAAUUAGAUGUCAGUCUACAGAUACAGAAGAAGAACCGAAAAUUAAGCGAAAUAUACUUGAUAAUGCAAGCAAUCUUCUUACUAAUUUGUUGAGUGGUGGAAACCUUGGUUCAAUGCCCAUUGCUGAAGGUGCUGUUACCGAUUUGUUCGACCGACCUCUUUUUUUCUCUCUUUAUGAUUGGUUCUUGCAGCAUGGCUCAGUUUACAAACUUGCAUUUGGACCAAAAGCAUUUGUUGUCGUAUCCGACCCCAUUGUUGCGAGAUAUAUCUUACGUGAAAAUGCAUUUUCUUAUGAUAAGGGAGUACUUGCUGAUAUCCUAGAACCGAUAAUGGGAAAAGGGCUUAUACCUGCUGAUCUUGAGACUUGGAAGCUAAGGAGAAGAGUUAUUGCUCCUGGUUUUCAUACCUUAUUCCUGGAAGCUAUGGUCAAAAUAUUCACUGAUUGUUCAGAUAGAACCAUUACGAAAAUUGAUAGACUUUUGGAAGUAGAGGAAAGACUUGGAGGAAACACAAUUGAGUUAGAUCUGGAAGCUGAGUUCUCAAAUUUGGCUCUUGACAUUAUUGGGCUUGGUGUCUUUAACUAUGACUUUGGCUCCGUCAGUAAAGAAUCUCCCGUAAUUAAGGCAGUAUAUGGUACUCUUUUCGAAGCAGAACACCGAUCAACUUUCUAUAUUCCUUAUUGGAAACUCCCCCUGGCAAGGUGGCUGGUUCCUAGGCAGCGUAAAUUUCAGAAUGACCUUAAGGUUAUCAACGACUGCCUUGAUGGGCUUAUAAGAAAUGCAAAAGACACAAGGGAGGAAACAGAUGUCGAGAAACUGCAACAAAGAGACUACUCAAAUCUGAAGGAUGCAAGUCUUCUUCGUUUUCUGGUUGAUAUGCGUGGAGCUGAUGUCGACGACCGGCAGCUUCGGGAUGACCUGAUGACCAUGCUUAUUGCUGGACAUGAAACAACUGCAGCUGUUCUAACUUGGGCUGUUUUCCUACUUGCUCAGAACCCUGAAAAAAUGAGAAAAGCUCAAGCUGAGAUUGAUUCUGUCAUUGGUCGUGGCAAAACAACUUACGAAUGCGUCAAGAAUUUGGAGUACAUAAGACUUAUUGUUGUGGAAUCACUGCGUUUGUAUCCUCAACCCCCAUUGCUUAUUAGGCGUUCCCUCAAAUCUGAUGUAUUGCCAGGAGGAUACAACGGGGAAAAAGAUGGAUAUGCAAUUCCUGCUGGGACCGACAUCUUUAUCUCUGUUUACAAUCUUCACCGGUCUCCAUAUUUUUGGGAUCGGCCUAAUGAUUUUGAACCAGAAAGGUUCUUAGUGCAAAAGAAAAGUGAAGGUAUAGAAGGAUGGGCAGGUUUUGAUCCUUCCAGAAGUCCUGGAGCAAUGUACCCCAACGAGAUCAUUGCAGAUUUUGCCUUCUUACCAUUCGGCGGAGGGCCACGUAAGUGUGUAGGAGACCAGUUUGCCCUGAUGGAAUCUACUGUAGCAUUAGCUAUGUUGUUACAGAAUUUCGAUGUUGAGCUUAAGGGAUCUCCAGAGUCUGUGGAAUUAGUUACAGGGGCUACAAUUCAUACUAAGAAUGGUCUAUGGUGCAAGCUAAGAAAGAGACAUCAAUGAUCGAGAGACCGAGUCUAAAAGCAGUUCCUAACAUCCUGUUAAGCCACUAUAGCAUGGCGAGGCUCUGUUAUGGAAUUUUUGAUACUACCCAAAAGGCACGGAAAAUAUCGUGCAUUUGGUUCACUCACACAUGCUUUAUUUUUAGAAGCGACUAGCAAAUACUACCGCAAGUUCCAAAAUUUGUACCAUUCCCUGAAUUUGUAAUUUUGUACCGACUUAAAAUUUACGGUGUGGCACAGAUCCUGGUAUGGUAUCAUCACUGUAUGGCUAAUUUAUCGUGAGCAGUUGUGUUUAAAA